UAUGUUGCGACAGGCUUCACUAAAUAUAUUGUUAAGUUGAGGGGGCUUUUGUUCUAGCUAAAGUUUUCGAAGGCUGUUGAAAAUUUCUUAGUGAAUUUUCUUGGUAUUGUUGCAAUACACGAAAGUCAUGGACAACAAAAUGUUAUUGAUAAUAAUUUCUGUGGCGGCUGCUUCCUCAUCGCUAUUGCACAGAGUUCCAUUGAUAAAAUAUCGAUCAAGAUGCUCACGGAUAAAUGAUGUAAAUUGUUCUACGCACAAAUGGAAUUCAACGAUUUCCAAAGCAAUGAUUAACACGCCAUCUGUGGAUCUUGAAAACAAUUUGAACUCUGCAUACUAUGGGCCAAUCAGCAUUGGAACACCACCACAGAAAUUUAAUGUUCUUUUUGAUACAGGAUCGUCAAAUCUUUGGGUCCCUUCAACCAACUGUUUUCAACGUUCUUGUGUCUCUCACAAAAAGUACAGCAGCUCAAAAUCAAGUACAUAUGAGAAAAACGGCACAUUAAUUGAAAUUGAUUACAGUAAAGGAGAUGUGUGCGGAUAUUUAAGCAUAGACAACGUUCGAAUUGCUGGUUUGAGUAUAAAGAAACAAACUUUCGCUGAAACCACAUGCCACUAUGAUUUCUUAGUUCAUGAUCCUUUUGACGGCAUCCUCGGAAUGGGUUAUGACUCAUUGUCCGAGAGUGAUGUAACUUCCGUAUUUACAAAUAUAAUAAAUCAAAAUCUUGUGAAAUCUGCAGUGUUUUCCUUUUAUCUGAACAGGAAGAUUGGGGAAUUCCCUGGGGGAGAGCUCAUUCUAGGUGGAACUGAUCCUUCCCAUUACACAGGCCCCAUAACAUUUGUCCCUGUGACAAAAAAAGCUUAUUGGCAGUUUGAAAUGGACUCUGUUAAAGUUGCUGAUGAUAACGAUGAUGCAUACUGUGUUGGUGGCUGUCAAGCUUUUGCAGAUACUGGUACGUCCUUGAUUAUCGGUCCCAAGCAAGAUAUCAAGGCACUGAAUGAAAAGAUUGGUGCAGUUUAUGAGAGCAAGUUAAAGCUGUAUCUUAUUAAUUGCUCAAAAUUGCCAACUAUGAAAUCUGUUUCACUUACAAUUGGUGGCCGGGAAUUUGUGCUUACCAGUGAACAGUACACUUUAAAAUCUACAGACGAAAUUUGCAUUAGUGGAUUUAAAGAGCAUAAAAAUAAAAAAAACAAAUCGUGGAUAUUGGGAGACGUCUUCCUGGGACCAUAUUACAGCGUUUAUGAUAGAGAAAAUGAUCGAGUUGGAUUUGCAAAGGCUAAAGAAUUACAUUGACUUUUCUAAAUCCUUCUUAACAAACCUUGAACGUUCCGAUAUUUCUCUGUAAAGGCCAAACAUGUAAGGCAGAUAAAAGGUUUAUCGUUUGGCAUUAAUUAAUCUGAAGCAAAGCUUUCUUUUUUUCUCGUUCUUGCCGUUUUCUACGGGUCGGCUUUCACUUUUCGAGUCUUCGUAUGUAGAUAAAAGAUAAAUCGUUUCAAAUUGUAUCGUCUAGAUAGUUAAACUGUUCUUCAAGUGUA